CAGCCGCCCGGUUCGUCAUCACCUCCGCUCCGAUCGGAGACGCCGGAGCAUAGAAGAAGAAGAAGAGAGAAGGGAGGCAGUACCCCUCCUUCGCCUUUUUAGCCUUCCUCAUACAACCCACUAAAAGGCUUCAUCAUCAACAACAGCCACUCCAGCAACAACUGCAGCCUGUCGGCGUGCCGAUUUGCCAAGAUGAUGACAAUGGACGUAUCCAAGCCGGAACCGACUCCUGUCUCAGCUACUGGCGGUGGUGGCGGUGGUGGUGGUGGUGGAGGUAGCCAGGGGAGCGGCUCUCAGGCCGGUAUGGUGCUGAACGGACUCGUACCUAACGGUCAGCAGCAGCAGCAGCAGCAGCAGCAGGCCGCUCAGCUCAACACCAUCAGCCAUCAGCCGACGAAUGGCGUCGGAGCACCGGGCGGUCCCGGUGGUCCGCAGCAGCAGCAGCAGCAGCAACAGCAACAGCAGCAACAGCAACCCCAGGUGUGCGCCGGUUGCGGCAAGAUCAUCCAGGAUCGGUUCCUGUUGCGGGCCCUCGAUCUGCUGUGGCACGAGGAUUGCCUCAAGUGUGGUUGCUGCGAUUGCCGGCUCGGCGAGGUCGGCUCCACGCUCUACACCAAGGGCAACCUGAUGCUGUGCAAGCGCGACUAUCUCAGGCUGUUCGGCAAUACGGGUUUCUGUGCCGCCUGCAACAAGGUGAUCCCGGCGUUCGAGAUGGUGAUGCGGGCCCGGAACAAUGUCUACCAUCUGGAGUGUUUCGCCUGCCAGCAGUGCAACCAUCGUUUCUGUGUCGGUGACAAGUUCUAUCUGUGCGAGAACAAGAUCCUGUGCGAGUACGACUACGAGGAACGGCUGGUGUUUGCCUCGAUGGCCAACCAUCCGAUGCUGAAACGCCAGAUGUCGCAGCAGCAGGGUGGCAGUGGUGGUGGUGGUGCGAUCACUGGCCCACCGCAGACACCGCAGGGCAUGCAGAAUGGUCACGGUACCAACGGUCAUGGUGGUGGUGGUGGUUCACAAGGCCAGGGCCAGGGUGGCAUCCACACUUCACCCCAGCAGCAGCAGCAGCAGCAGAAUGGGGUGUCCAACGGUAGCAACCCGAUGAUGGGGACACUGCUAGGCCAGCAGCAGCAACAGCAGCGCCAGGGUGGACCACCCGGUUCCGGUGUCACGCCGAACAAUGGCGAUCUAAACAACAACAAUAGUAGCAACUUGCCCGUCGGUUUGACCGGCGGUCCGUCUCCGUUCGGUUCCCCGACCCACCUUAAGUCAUCGCUCAACAACAACAACAACAACAACAGCACUGCCAGCAGCUAAGCUGCACGUGGCACCACCAGCGGAGAGAUGUGUAAACGAACAGGUGAGGAAAAGUAGAAGAGAGAGAGAGAGAGAGAUAAACGGAGAGAGAGAGAGAGAGAGAGAGAAAGCAGAAAUAAAGGGUAGACAUCGAAUGAGACGUUGCACGGUGUGCAAUGUUAGGUUACACGGUAAGCGUUCUUCCAACGGCAGCUCCAUUUCUGUCAUUUGACAGAAGCGCGAACAUGUUUCAUUUUUUAGGGAGAGUGGGAGAAUUGUUUUCUGCGAUUUAGUUCAUAAAAAAUCCAUUACAUUUUACUUAUAUACACAUAUACCAAAUGCAGUGUGUAUGUGUGGAAGUGUGUGUGAGUGUAUGUUUGUGUGGGUGUGGGUGUGGGUGUGUGGUCGGAAAUGCCAGAGAGUGUCUGCCCUCCCAAACCCCCGGGAGUGUUUUGGGUGUGUAUUUGUGUAUUCUAUCGCGCCGCUGAGAAGGAUCACGCGAAGGAGAAGCAGGUAUCUGUAAUGUGUAGAAGCAAUUCAUGCGCGAUUUACUGAUCCAGAUCCUCUCGGGUCAGGCGUUUCCUUAAGUGAAGGGAAGAUUGAGUUACUUCAUAAGAUCACAGUCAAAAUUCAUCAAUGCUUUCUAUUCCAUUUUCUAUGACCUUUUGUCAUUCGCAUUUUCGUCAUACUACCUUUCGCCAUUUCAUGUCGAAGGAUUUUUUUCCUCUACUCAAACAAGGAGUUUUGCAAAAAUCGAAAAAACCUACCGAGAAAAGCCUGUGGCUGCUAAGCUUCGCUAUUCGAUGUGUUAGUUUACAAUUCACACUCGUUUGAAGUUGACAUGACCUUUGGAGUUGACUUCAACUAGAGCUUUUGUUGCGACACUUUUGUGAGCGACUAUAGGUGACACCUGCUGCAUGUCAGAAGCUUCUCUACCAGGUGUAUGCAUAUGAAACCGCCCUCCGUGUUCUUAUAGCUAUAUCUCAGCCAAAUGGAACCGUAGAACCGUUCUCAAUGUUUCAUUUUGUUCGUUCGGCAUCUGUUAAUCAAAAUCGGUGCGCAAUAGUUCUAAUUUCACACUACAACCAAUAUUUUCAUUGUGGACAAAAUGGCAAGUUCCGUCCCUAAAAACUGCAAAAUGCGGACAUCGUUCAUUUUCUGCUUCCAUUUUCAAAAAUAGGCGACAGAAUCGCAUCAAAUGCUUACCGAAGUUUACGGUUAGCAUGCUCUUUAUGAAACAUAGUGCAAAGAGUGGUUUUAAAAAUUUAAAAAUGGCGAUUUUGAUGUGACAAACGAAAAUCGCGAAAAACCAUCAAAAACGUUAGAAGAUACCGAAUUGCAUGCCGUAUUGGGCGAAACGGUUAUUAGUGAGCUAUAGAAGCAACACUUAAUCGAUUUGGAUCGUGAAAUCCGCAUUAAUCGACCGGAAUAUCGAAAUUGAUAAAACAGACCAAUUUUGCUCGAUGAAAAUGCUCCGCCACACCGCGGAAAACCGGCCAAGAAGACUAUACAAGACCUGAAUUGGGAUCAUUUGUCGCUUGUGGCUAACUCACCAGACUUGGCUCUAUCGAAUCAAUACUCAUUUGCAUCGCUGGGACAGAUACUGGCCGAGCAGCGCUUCCAUUCUUACAAAAGUUUGAAAAAAUGGACCUGUGAUUGGUUUGAUACAAAACACCGACUCAUUUUUUUGUAAAGCAUCUGUAAAUUGCCUAAGAGAUAGGAAAAAUAGCAUAGCUAAAAUGCAUAGCUAACUAUUGCCAUUUGUUUGAAGAAUAAGAGUUUCUCCAUUUUCGCAGAAUAAAAUUUAUUUUCUGACAAAAAAGGCGGUUUCAUAUGCAUACACCUGGUAAAUAUUAACAAUCGAAUCACAUCGGUUCCGCAUAUUGGUUCCACCGCAAGGCUUCCCUUUGGACGAGAUCCAUCUUCUGCGUGAGAUAGAAUAUAGAAUAUUGUACCAGGUUAGGCUUAGGGGAGGGGGGCUGAACACUGUCACAAACUCUUCUUAGGACCUAAUGGUUAGUUGCCUUAUGUUAUUUACGAAGUUUCGUUUACGGAGUCGAAAGAGGGAAAGAAAGAAAGAGAGAGAGAGAGAGAGAGAGAAAGAGAGAGAGAGAGAGAGAGAGAGAGAGAGAGAGAGAGAGAGAGAGAGAGAGAAGAGAAUGAUAUGAAUGCGCAUGUGGAAGUAUCAAAUAAGAAUCUUGACAACUAUUUUGUGCCAAACAGGGGGGGCGUAGAACCUGGAACACAACAUUGAAUGUACGAUGAUUGUACGAGGAAACUGAACUCAGUAAGAAAAAGUGGAAAAGAGAGAGAGAGAGAGAGAGAGAGAAAGAGAGAGUGGAACCAGGGGCGGGGUUGGUUGGUAAACAAUGUUGUAAGUAACGGUACAAGUCGCAUUGUUGCAUUGUGGUGAACCAGAUACUAGACCACCUACUUACACAGACACCUUCUACACACAAACACACACACACACAUGCACACCUACGCGGUGGAGCCUGGGUAUCCGCGGUAUUCUUAUUAUUCUUAUUGUCAUUAUUAUUGAAUAUUAUUAGGCUUAUUGAUUGAACGAUAGAUUGAUUGAUUGAUUGAUUGAUUGAGGGACCGGUUAAGUGGAGCAACAAGCGAUAAAACCAACCCCACCUGAGACGAAGUGAGAAGGACAGUAAAU